AUGUCCAACAGAAGCUCCAUCACGCACUUCCUCCUGCUGGCAUUGGCAGACACAUGGCAGCUGCAGCUCCUGCACUUCUGCCUCUUGCUGGGCAUCUCCCUGGCAGCCCUCCUGGGAAACAGCCUCAUCAUCAGCGCCAUAGCCUGCGACCACCACCUGCACACUCCCAUGUUCUUCUUCCUGCUCAACCUGGCCCUCACUGACCUGGGCUCCAUCUGCACCACUGUCCCCAAAGCCAUGCACAAUUCCCUCUGGAACACCAGCAGCAUCUCCUACUCAGGAUGUGCUGCUCAGCUCUUUUUCUUUAUGUUCUUCACCUCAGCAGAGUAUUUCCUCCUGACCAUCAUGUGCUACGACCGCUACGUGUCCAUCUGCAAACCCCUG